CCCCUGUCAGUUGCGUGCUCACUAGUAGAUGCUGGGUUGCAUCGCUUCAUCCCCUAAUAUCCCGUGUCCGCACUUUGCCCCGAUGGAUUCAACCCUCAGGGGUCUGCAUCCUUGAGCAAUUGAUUAAAAAUCAACUCCAAGCAAUUUGCUUCCUUUGUGGGCAAUGAUGGCUACCGACAAUUUUCGAAAAAGGCCGACGCUGCCACAUUUCCUCGACAGAUCUCUCACAUCCUAGCUUAGUACACACAGCAACAAGUCUUCCACCAUGUCAUCCCAGUCGUGGUUUAUUCCUCCCUUCAAUCCCGAGACGGCAGAUCCAGCCGUCGCGCAGGCGAUGGCCCUGCUGCCUGUGGAGCGAAACCUACCCAAGGUGCUUGCCAACAGCGCCACCUUUUUCCAGCCGUUCAUGCAAUUGACGGCAGCAUCAUGGGCACCAACUCGCACAAUUCGUUCCUCCGAAUGGCAGGUCGUCGUCCUGCGAACGGCCAGCAUUCUGGAAAGCGAUUAUGAAUGGCAGGUCAACGAACCCGUGGCACGAUUGUUCGGGUUCGAUGAUGAUGCGCUCGCCAAACUUCGCGAAGGCGAUCUCUCCGACAAGACCAUCUUCAGCGACCGACACCGACUGGUGGCCCAGAUGACCGCCGAGCUAGUGACCCAGCAUCGCCUUUCCCCAGAAACGGCGCAGGCUAGCAAUGCGGUCCUUGGGCCGGAAGGAACAGUGGAGGUGAUUGUGAUCCACAGUGUGUACGCGCUAAUCGCCAAUCUGUCGCGGUCGGCGGGCCUGGUGGAUGACCCGCCCGUGGCUGGCCUGGAUGCUAUCCUGCGGAAAUACAAUGCGGCUGCGAUUGAGAAAGAGAAUGAACAGCGGGCUAGAGAUGAGUGAGGGUACAAACUAGGGUUUUCUCCGAUUUGGUGUCA